AGCAAACCACAGAGAUUUGCCACAAACUAGAUCAAUAGCUCUACAAAAUUCUUUUAAGUUCCCAUAGAAGUCGUACAAUAUACGUCUAAACGACUCACCACAGCAGUAGCGGUAAUAAAAACUGAUUCCCGAUUCAUAAGGAAUGCCAGAGGCCCCAAGAGAGAGGCGGUAGGUGGGGGGAUUGUGUGCUGUAUUUUAUAUUGAUUGAAGAACAGGCCCGCGCUCGUUGCCCCCCACCCGCAUCGAGUCAUUUACAUGAUCACAUUGGAACAAGCGGACCAGAGUGCACAGUCGUGAACGCUCUGUGGCUGUCAGUCGCUGAUUAGCCCGCACACUGGAAAGAUCACUCUGCACUGGAGUACUACGAGUCCGAAAAGUCGAAGUCACACCGGUGCAACACUUCUAGCACUAGCGGAUGCGAUAAGGAAGGAAAUCAGUUGGGUAAACUGUAUGAUAUAAAUCGAAGGAAAAGUGUCAGCGAUCAUUCAUUCAGCUGGUAGAACCCCAAGAAGCACAAUGACCAAAGGAGUACUUCCAACAGCCGAGCAGGUUAAUGAGGUUAAGACACGGUUUCUCCAGAAACUAGAGUCGGAGCCGCCAGCAGAUGCCUUUCUUCCUGAGGAUCUGAAGCGCAUCACCGACAACGACUUGUGGGUCACAAAGCUGCUGGAGGCCUUUGACCUCGAUGUGGAGAAGACCCUUAACCGACUUUGGGAAAACUUGGCUUGGCGCCAGAGCUACGGAGUAUAUAACAUUAACGAGAGCAAUGUGAACCAGGAAUAUCUGCACGACGGCUCGAUCUAUGCACACAACAAGGACAAGGAGGGCAAGCCUUUGCUCAUUCUCAGCCUGAAGAAGCACUCGAAGAGCAAGAGCCUGGACGAUCUCCUGCGCCUUGUCGUAUUUUGGAUUGAGCGCAUUCACCGCGAGAACGACCUCGAAAAGAUAACCAUCUUCAUGGACAUGACUGGCUCUGGGCUGGGCAACAUGGACUUGGACUUUAUUAAGAGCAUCAUUAAUAUGUUUGAGGCCAACUAUCCUUACGUGCCCAACUAUAUCCUCGUGCACGAACUGCCCUUCCUGCUAAAUGCUGCCUUCAAACUUGUCAAGACCUUCCUGCCUGCCAAAGCCCUGGAGAUCCUGCGCGUCACCAGCAAGAAGGAUAUCACCGAGUAUGUGGACAAGGACAACUGCCUGAAGCUGUGGGGCGGCAAUGACGAUUACGAGUACAAAUUCGAAUAGAAACAACCUCACAUUUAAUCCCAAACUCACAUAAACCUCAAACUGUAUAAGAGAGUGUAAAUAAUACGAUAUUUAUUGCCUGAGAUACU